AAAGAGGUUGAAUUCUUGCUCCUCCGUUUCAACGUCUCGAUAGCCAAACAUGUCGAAAAACAAGCCAACAAAGCGCGAAGGCGCCUCAACUGAGCGGAUUGCAGACUCCCGCUUUGCAAGCUUUGAGACAGAUCCGCGAUACCAAUUGCCCUCCAAGAAAAACCUUAAGACUAAGCUCGACAAGCGAUUCUCACGCGUGCUCAAGGAUGCCGACUUUGUCGCCACCGCGAGAGUGGACCGCUAUGGCCGGAAGCUGAAGACAAACACCAAGAAAAAGGCCUUGGAGCGCCUCUACGAAGACGAGGACGAGGAGGAGAAAGACGGGGAUGCCAAGGUCGAGGACGAUGACAUCGUCCGUCGCGAACUGGAGAAGGCAGACACAACAUACGACCCCGCCCGCGGCGGUGGAUUCUCUUCGUCGGAGUCGGAGUCGGACUCGGACGGGGAAUCUGAUUCCGAGGAAGCGCCAGAGGUGGAAGACGGGGUGGAGGAGUCACGGCCCGGCAUCCGGCUGCGUAGGGAUAAGCAAGAGGUCGAAGAGGGGGAGGUCACGAACCGGUUUGCUGUCGUCAACAUUGACUGGGAUCACAUUAAAUCUAUGGACCUUUUGGCGCUGUUCUCGAGUUUCGUACCGGUCGGUGGGCGCAUCGAGAAGGUUACGGUCUAUCCUAGCGAGUUUGGCAAGGAGAGAAUGCAGCGCGAGGAAUUAGAGGGCCCCCCGAGAGAGAUCUUUAAAAAGGACAAGGACUCAGAUGACGAGGAUCUGGACGACGAAGACGACUCUGCAUCCGAGAGCGAGGACGAUGAUGAUGCGGCGGAGGAUUCAGACGAGGAGGUCAGGAAAGAGCUACUACAAGAGGGCAACGACCAGGAUUUCGACAGCGAUGCACUCCGAACGUAUCAACUCGACAGGUUACGGUACUAUUACGCAGUAGUCGUUUGUUCCGACAAGAACACGGCGCACAAGAUUUACGACGCGACGGACGGCAGCGAAUAUCUGUCAUCGUCCAACUUUCUCGACCUACGGUUUAUCCCUGACGAUGUCACGUUUGAGGACGAGCCGAGGGAUGAGUGUGACAGCGUCACCUCCGGGUACAAGCCUGUCGAGUUUCUGACAUGGGAUAUGCAUCCCGAGGAGGUUUCCAGGAAGGAGUCGAUCAACAAAGCUUUCACAGGAAGUCGGUCAGACAUUGCAGAGAACGAUUUACGGGCAUACCUGGCCAGUGGUAGCGAGAGCGAAGGGGAGGAAGCGGACGAUGCCCCUCUAGAGGAUGAGGGCGUGGAGGAAGCCCCACUCAGCAAGAAGGAGCUUGCAAGACGCAAGAUGCGCGCAGCGCUUGGCCUCGGCGAUGAGCCUGCUCCAAAGGCGUCAAAGUCGGGGCCUGUUGGGGAAAUGCAAAUCACGUUCGCCCCGGCCCUAUCGGGGAAGCCCGAGAAGGAGGCGGCUGAAGAAACAACCAUCGAAAAGUACAAGCGCAAGGAGAAGGAACGCAAAGAGAAGAAGAAAGCUAUGGCCCUCGCCAAGAGAGGUGUCGAGCCUGAGACGGUUCAGGAGGAGCAGGCCGCCGAAGGGGGUGAUGACGACCUCGGCUUCGACGAUCCAUUCUUCACUUCUGAGGCGGCCCAGCCGUCCAAGACGGCGGUGCGCAAGGAGGAACGGCUCAAGAAGCGCGCCGCCAAAGAGCAGGAGGAGGCUGAGACCGCCGCGCAGAAAGCGCAACUUGAGCUUCUGAUGGCGGAUGAGAACCGUGGCGGCUCCCACCUCGACCACUUCGACAUGAAGGACAUCACGCGCGCGGAGAAGCAGAAGAAGAACAAGAAGAAGAAGGGCAAGAAGGGCGUCGAAGACCAGGGUGGCCUGCAAGAGGACUUCAACAUGGACGUCGAGGACAGCCGGUUCAAGGCCGUGUUUGAGAACCACGAGUUCGCCAUCGACCCGUCCAAUCCCAAAUACAAGGCUACGCAAGGAAUGAAGAAGCUGUUGGAAGAGGGCAGGAAAAAGCGCAAGGCUGGGCCGAGCGAGUCACCCAACGGUAAGAAGGACCAAAGGAGCGCCAAGAAAGCGAAGGCAGAUGGUGAUGUCGAGCUCAGCAGUCUGGCGGAUGCCGUGAAAAGGAAGGCCAAAAGUGCACCACCCACGCCCGCGCGGCCGGUAUGCGUCGCCAGCGCCAGUGCCAGGGCCGUCCUUCUCGUAGGUUCGGGUUUCGGCGGUGCUGGCGUAGCCGCUGGAGGGUGGCGGGGUGGGGGACCAUCCGGGGUGGCCGCGCGCAGGUUGGGAUUUCUGGGGCUGGGACGUGCCAUGAUUAGGUGCGCGGCAAGGCAUGGUGUUGGGGCUGGAGAUAUCCUGCCCUUGUGCCUGGAACAAGCUGUCGUCGGAGUGUUGUCCCUGCAUCGUAGCGGCCGCUCACUGCGCAUCGAGCUUGUCAUCCUCGAUGACCUGCGCUUUCGCAUCGACAUGGAAGAUCACGACAUGACCGCCACCUCGUACAUCGCCCCCAUUGAGCGAUUCUCGGACGGGGAAUAG